AUGGAAAUGAUUAACGAAGAAUUGGAAAAUGAUUUGUCAGCGAUCGGUCUCCAUACAGAUGACAAUGACGGACUAUCAACAACUACAACCACGACAACUAACUCAUCAAAUAUGUUAGUUGAUAAUAAUAAUAAUAAUAAUAAUAAUAAUAACAAUAGUACGAGUAAUAACUCUACAUAUUCAUUAAGUAAUGAUCAACAACAAAAUAAUGGAGGGUAUAAUGAUAAUUACACUGUUAACACAGAUAAAUAUUUAAAUGAAAUAGAUGAGGAAGCAUUAGAACAAAAUGAAACAGAGGCAUAUGAUUAUAGUGAUCGCGAGAACACUCAAGAUGUCGAUGGAGAAGAGAAACAAGAUGAAAAAAACUAUUAG